AUGGCCGCUACACCGUACGGGACUGCUUGCUCGCAACUCGACGGGAAAAAGGAGCGCCCGCCACCAUACCUUCACAGCCUUCACGCCAGCGGCAACGCAGCCGCUCCACGAAACGGUCACAACCUCUACAAGCGAUCGAAAGAAGCAUACUCCAGGUAUUGGCUGGAUGCAACAGUCGAACUGGACCACGAGCAGAUACUGCACCAGCUCCGCGAAGAACCCUUUCUGAUUUCCGUACCGAGCAACGCAUUCAACGAAACGAGACCGAUUCUUACUGCCGGAAGCAGGCAACAGGCGAGAGAAAAGAUGAAGAAUAUGAAAGUGGCCGUAGUGACGACGAACGUUAGAAGAUGGAGAGACAGAAGUCUGCAGACUCAGAAGACCAGCACCUACGCAUAUGCACCAGCAGUUUCGCCUGCGCAAACCCAAGGAACAGCGCCAGCAGCGUAA